UAAGCGGUUGUUAAUAGUAACGCAGGAACAACAUGGCUGCUCGUGUCUUUGCUGUCAAACUCUUGUCGUCGCUGAGAGGUAACGUCAGCACCGCGCGCUCAGCAGCCCGUGCGGUCGCGUGCAGUGCAGCUCGCGCUCAGCUCCGCACCGUGCACGGGUCAAGUGCUGUGACAGGAACAGUGGACCGGUUCGGUGGAGUCACAGUGGACCGGUUCGGUGGAGUCACAGUGGACCUGGCUCACGUCGGUUUCCCGACGGACAUCAGCGAAAGCUCAUUCAGCAGCCUCCUGCAAGAUUCUUUGCUCCAGUGGAAAGCGGAGGGGAAAGUCGCAGUGUGGCUUCGAGUGCCGAUCACUCUGAGUCGCUGUGCUGCCGCUGCCUCCGCUCACGGCUUCACCUUCCAUCACGCCAAAGACGACCAUGCAGUGCUGGCCCUCUGGUUGGGAGAAGGGGAAAGCAGGCUGCCGGGGUUUGCAACUCACCAAAUCGGAGUGGCAGGCGCAGUUGUUGAUGAAUCCAGUGGAAAAGUUCUAGUCGUCCAAGACAGAAACAAGACAAAGAAUGCUUGGAAGUUCCCCGGUGGCUUGUCUGAUCCAGGAGAGAAUAUCGGUGCCACUGCCGUUCGCGAAGUGUUCGAGGAAACCGGCGUUCGCUCCGAGUUCAGGUCCCUGCUCAGCAUCCGGCAGCAGCACAACCACCCCGGCGCCUUCGGCAUGUCGGACAUGUACAUCAUCUGCCGACUCGGCCCGCUCAGCUACGACAUCAAUUUCUGCACUCAGGAGUGUCUGCGCUGCGAGUGGCUGGACCUCGCCGAGCUGGCCGAGACCGGCGACACCACGCCCAUCACCUCUCGCGUAGCCAGGCUUCUUCUUCACGGCCUGGAGCGGGGCUUCCACGAGAUCGACCUCACCAUGGAGGAGCUCCCCGCUGUCUACUCUGGGAUGUUUUACCAGCUUUACCACAGACAGCUUCCUCCGACACUAAAAUCCUAGCGACCCGUCAUCAGACCUGAUGGGGUUAGCA